GUCGCCAUCUUGUCGCCUGUUCCUUAGGAGAGAGGAGGGUUUGUUUAGGCUAGUUACCGACUAUAAUUUCAAUUUUAAUACAGCUACACGCAAAAACAAAAAAUGUCCAAACGGCACCGGUUAGAUCUGGGAGACGAUUAUUCGUCUAGUAAGAAACGGACAUCUUCUGAUGGAAAAGAUAGAGAUCGGGAACGUGAUGAACGAUCUAGGGACAGGGACAGAGAUCGCGACAGAGAAAAGGACAUGAAACCACCUGGUAUCUCUCUCAAUCCUAUUGUGCCCGGGUGUGGGUUGCCAGCUUUAAAACAAGCAGCAAUUCAUCAGCAGAUUAAUCCAUUUACCAAUUUGCCUCACACUCCAAGAUUCUAUGAGAUUCUAAAGAAGAGGCUUCAACUUCCCGUGUGGGAAUACAAAGAAAGAUUUAAUGAUAUUCUCACAAAACAUCAAAGCUUUGUAUUGGUCGGUGAGACUGGUUCUGGCAAAACAACACAGAUUCCUCAGUGGUGUGUUGAUAUGGUGCGGUCACUUCCUGGACCCAAGCGUGGUGUGGCCUGUACCCAGCCCAGAAGAGUGGCUGCCAUGAGUGUAGCCCAAAGAGUGGCAGAUGAAAUGGAUGUCAUGUUGGGACAAGAAGUUGGAUAUUCCAUUCGAUUUGAAGACUGCAGCAGUGCAAAGACUAUCCUGAAGUAUAUGACUGAUGGUAUGUUACUUCGAGAGGCGAUGAAUGAUCCACUUCUGGAACGUUAUGGUGUUAUUAUCCUUGACGAAGCCCACGAGCGAACACUGGCCACAGACAUUUUGAUGGGAGUCUUGAAAGAAGUAGUUAGACAAAGAUCGGAUUUAAAGGUUAUUGUCAUGAGCGCCACAUUGGAUGCUGGGAAAUUCCAGGUCUACUUUGAUAAUUGUCCACUGUUAACAAUUCCUGGUCGCACACACCCUGUGGAGAUAUUUUAUACCCCAGAACCAGAAAGAGACUACUUGGAAGCAGCUAUCCGAACAGUAAUACAAAUCCACAUGUGUGAAGAGGAGGAAGGAGACGUCUUGCUAUUCCUUACAGGUCAAGAGGAAAUUGAUGAAGCCUGUAAACGGAUAAAACGAGAAAUAGACGACUUGGGACCUGAAGUUGGAGACAUUAAAAUCAUUCCACUGUAUUCCACCCUACCACCUCAGCAGCAGCAACGGAUCUUUGAACCCCCGCCUCCAAAAAAAGGAAGUGGAGCAAUAGGCAGAAAGGUUGUUGUUUCUACAAAUAUUGCUGAAACAUCCCUGACUAUUGAUGGUGUAGUGUUUGUAAUUGACCCUGGAUUUGCUAAACAAAAAGUGUACAAUCCUCGAAUCAGGGUGGAGUCCUUGCUGGUGACUGCUAUAAGCAAGGCUUCUGCUCAGCAGAGAGCAGGUCGUGCUGGCAGAACCCGGCCAGGGAAAUGUUUCCGGCUGUAUACAGAAAAGGCCUACAAAACUGAAAUGCAGGACAACACAUACCCUGAGAUUCUGAGGUCCAAUUUGGGCUCCGUUGUGUUGCAACUAAAGAAACUUGGUAUAGAUGACUUGGUGCAUUUUGAUUUCAUGGACCCACCAGCUCCUGAAACUCUGAUGAGAGCCCUGGAACUAUUGAAUUAUCUUGCUGCCCUGAAUGAUGAUGGUGACCUGACUGAGUUGGGAUCCAUGAUGGCAGAGUUUCCAUUGGAUCCACAGCUAGCCAAGAUGGUUAUCGCCAGCUGUGAAUUUAAUUGUUCCAAUGAGAUCCUCUCAAUUACAGCAAUGUUGUCAGUCCCACAGUGUUUUGUUCGUCCGACGGAGGCAAAGAAAGCUGCUGAUGAGUCCAAGAUGAGGUUUGCACACAUAGAUGGAGAUCACUUGACUCUACUAAACGUCUACCAUGCUUUCAAACAGAACCAUGAGUCAGUUCAAUGGUGCUAUGAUAAUUUUGUUAACUACAGAUCACUGAUGUCUGCUGACAAUGUACGUCAGCAGCUGUCCAGAAUAAUGGACAGAUUCAAUCUGCCUCGUAGAAGCACAGAGUUCACCAGUCGAGAUUACUAUAUCAACAUACGGAGGGCCUUGGUCACUGGCUUUUUCAUGCAGAUUGCGCAUUUGGAAAGGACUGGGCAUUACCUGACUGUGAAAGAUAACCAGGUGGUACAGUUGCAUCCCUCCACUGUUCUUGACCACAAACCUGAAUGGGUCCUCUACAACGAAUUUGUACUCACAACGAAGAACUACAUUCGAACAUGCACAGAUGUAAAACCAGAGUGGUUGGUAAAAAUUGCCCCUCAGUACUAUGAAAUGAGCAACUUCCCUCAGUGCGAAGCAAAAAGACAGCUGGAGCGCAUCGUUGCCAAGCUUCAAACCAAGGAAUAUUCUCAGUACUGAAGCCUGCUUAAAGUACAGCUACACUGUAUUCAGACUAACUUGUACACCUUAAAUAAGUUCAACAGCCUUGUUUGGAAGAUUUUAAUGUUUUCUUUACAGUUCAGAUUUGGUUAUUUUUAUAACUCAUUUCUUCUCCCCAUUGUGUUUUCACAACAGCACAUUAUGAAGAUAAUUGGUCAAUGUAAGCAUAUAUGAAAUUGGUUGUAUAUUAAAAGUUCCACGAUGAAGGUUGUGUUUUUUUUUUCCCUUCCCCCUCUCCCCUGCAACAAUAGUAUAAUAAUGGACCAUGUUAUGCAUGAUCAUUCAUGUUGAUGUUGACAUUCCUGUUUUAGAAAUUUGUGAACUUUUUCAGAAAGUGUGCUUAUGUAGACAGUCUUAAUUUCUUCCGUAGAGGCUUUGGCUUAAAUAAAGUCUAUAAAUAUCA